CACAGUGCAAACUCCCAAUUAAGUAACAAUUUUCAGAUACACGUUCUUACAUUCAGAGAAAACAUGGGUGUUUCCCUUCUUUCAUCACUUAAAUGCCAAGUGGUCAUUUUGUCUAUGAUUACUUUUUGCAUAUUUGAGCUUGCAUUGGCUGGCACUACCCGACACUACCAAUUUGAUAUAAGGUACCAAAAUGUGACGCGACUCUGCCACAGUAAGAGCUUGGUGACAGUGAAUGGUCAGUUUCCAGGACCUCGCAUUAUUGCUAGAGAAGGAGAUCGUCUUCUCAUCAAAGUGGUUAACCAUGUGCAGAACAAUAUCUCAAUUCACUGGCAUGGCAUUAGACAGCUUCAAUCAGGAUGGGCUGAUGGACCAGCAUAUGUGACACAAUGCCCCAUCCAAACAGGUCAAAGCUAUGUUUACAAUUACACCAUAAAGGGCCAGAGAGGCACGCUCUUUUGGCAUGCUCAUAUAUCUUGGUUAAGAGCAACUCUCUAUGGUCCACUCAUCAUUCUUCCCAAGCACAAUGCUCAGUAUCCUUUUGUAAAGCCCCACAAGGAAGUUCCUAUCAUAUUUGGAGAAUGGUGGAAUGCAGAUACUGAGGCAGUCAUAACACAAGCAUUGCAAACUGGAGGAGGACCUAAUGUCUCUGAUGCAUACACAAUUAAUGGACUUCCAGGGCCAUUGUAUAACUGCUCUCAAAAAGAUACAUUCAGGCUGAAGGUGAAGCCUGGGAAGAUUUACCUUCUACGUUUGAUAAAUGCUGCCCUUAAUGACGAGCUAUUCUUCAGCAUUGCAAAUCACACCCUCACAGUUGUGGAAGCAGAUGCAGGUUAUGUAAAACCUUUUGUGACUAACACCAUUCUCAUCACCCCUGGCCAAACCACUAAUGUUCUUCUCAAGACCAAGUCUCACUACCCGAAUGCCACAUUCUUCAUGACUGCUAGACCAUAUGUGACUGGCCUAGGAACUUUUGAUAACUCAACGGUUGCUGGUAUUUUGGAAUAUAAAAUCCAACAUAAUACUACUCAUCAUAAUUCAGCUGUGAAACUGAAAAAGCUUCCACUCUUCAAACCCCUUCUCCCUGCACUUAAUGACACUUCUUUUGCAACUAAGUUCAGCAACAAACUCCGUAGCCUCGCGAGUGCUCGGUUUCCGGCCAAUGUUCCUCAGAAAGUGGAUAAACACUUCCUCUUCACAGUGGGCCUUGGUACAAAUCCCUGCAAGAACAAGAGCAACCAAACUUGCCAGGGACCUAAUAAUGCAGCAAUGUUUUCAGCAUCAGUGAACAAUGUAUCUUUUAUACUCCCAACCACUGCACUUCUUCAAGCACACUUCUUUGGCAAAUCCAAUGGGGUUUACACCCCUGACUUCCCUACCAGUCCCUUGCAUCCAUUCAACUACACUGGCACCACCACACCAAACAAUACCAAUGUCAGCAAUGGGACAAAGGUUGUGGUUCUUCCCUUCAAUACAAGUGUAGAGCUUGUGAUGCAGGACACUAGCAUUCUUGGUGCAGAAAGUCACCCUCUCCACUUGCAUGGGUUUAACUUCUUUGUUGUUGGACAAGGAUUUGGUAACUUUGAUCCAAAUAAGGACCCAUCAAAAUUCAAUCUUGUUGAUCCUGUUGAAAGAAAUACAGUUGGUGUUCCAUCUGGUGGAUGGGUUGCUAUCAGAUUCUUGGCAGAUAAUCCAGGGGUGUGGUUCAUGCAUUGUCACUUGGAAGUCCACACAAGCUGGGGUCUUAGAAUGGCCUGGGUUGUCUUGGAUGGAAAGCAACCAAAUCAGAAGCUGCUUCCACCGCCAACUGAUCUUCCAAAGUGUUGAACUUCAGCUUGAAAUGGCUUUCAUUUGUUUAAAGAUUUUGGCCCUUUUUGUGAUUCAUUAUUUGGCAGUUGCUUUAUUUUAAAACAAUAUGGGAGUGGAGGCUUGAGUAAGGGUGAACCUUUCUUGUUUCUUCGGAUGAGAAAUUUAUUUAUACGAGACCUUUUGAGGCUAUAAAUUCAUUAAAUUGUAAUUCGUUCAUUUGAGUGAAAUUUUUUCAAUUCAAAUUUCAUUAUCAUUAAUUUUAGUGCUUAAAAAUUAAACCAUUAUAUUCCCUUACCCCAAUUCAAACAAAGCAGCAGAGUUGCAGAGAUUCAAA